AUGUCGUCUGUCAUGGAAAAAAGACCUGCUCCUAUUGUGGUCAAAGAAACGAUGGAUGAUCAACCUGCUGAAGCUACUCCAUCAGAGAUGGCUCCCAAGAGUCAAUCCGAAGCCGAACAUGAGUCUUCGGGGACCAAGAAAAAAGAGCCUAUCUUAACGCCGGCCCCAAUGCCUACAAAAUCUCCUUGGAAGUCUUUGUCUUCUGACGUUUCAGUUGCGAACAUUACAAUUGAGUCUCUGGAGGCAAACAAGAAAAAGAAGAGUAGACCAACCGCAUCUGUAAGUUCUGGUACCAAAUGGGUACCAAUAAAGGCGUCAAUUGUCGUUUCGGGCUCUAAGAGAAGUGGGUCAGGUGGCAAGAAGAACCCAUCCAAAGCUAAUGGCAAUGCCAAGUCGAAUAAUACAGGUUUCAGGAAGAAGAAGCACCAGCACCAGCAAGAUGGACAGCAGGGGCAAAGACAGCCCCAACAUCUCAAAAAGCAGCAGCAUAAAGUCAGUGGUAUCAGGGGCAGAAGUAAUGACAAUGACGGAAAAAUAGCAAAUGACGAUGACUCGACCGGUUCUCAGGGGGGAGUGGAUGAGUCAAGUUCGAACGACCAGCGCUUACAGGACGGAGGAGCAUCCAGACCUCAAGACUCACAAUCAUUGGAUUCUGAUAAUCAAGAAUCGCUUCAUUCAAGUUCUUUUGAAAAAACCUCAAAUUUUACCCAGUAUAAUGAAUCUCUAUCUCACAAUCAACCGCAAAAUAGAAGAAAUAACCAAACCGAUCAAAACCAGCAUUAUCCUUAUCAGCAAAAUAAUUCCCAGAGAAAAAAGUACUAUAACAACUAUAACAAUAAUGAAGCAUUUCAACAACCCAAUUUUGUCCCUUUCCAGCAGCAGAGAAAUUCUUUCGAGCCUUACCACGGUCGCGUACCUCGUUCAUUCAAGAAUGGGUUUCAUCCAAGAUAUCAUCAGAUCGAUGCCAGCCAAAUGUAUCAACCAUAUUAUAGUGUUCAACCUAUGAUGCUGGCCAUUAACAAUAUUGCUAAGCAAAUUGAGUACUAUUUCAGUGCUGAGAAUUUGGACAGAGACAAUUAUUUGAGAUCUAAAUUGUCGAAAGAAGGCUACGCUCCUUUGCCUCUAAUUUCAAAAUUUUACAGAAUUGUUAAUAUGUCAUUUGGUGGUGAUUCGAAUUUGAUUCAUGCGGCUUUAAAACAAAUUAUCAGCAAUGAAAACGCAACCGUCGAAAUUGCCGUUGGAUCCAUCAAAGGGGAAGAAGAUUUUGAUGAUGAUUUAUUAUUAUCUCAAUAUUUUAUUCGUUCAAAAAACUGGGCCUCACUUUUACCUGAAACAUUUUCUACCUUCGUCGAGAUAAAAGAAAUUUUAACUCCAGAAUCAAUCCAUGAGAUUGCUACAAAUCUUCCCACCCAGCCAAUGAACGCUCCAAUUUAUGACGAGUCUUUCAACCCUAAUGGACACAAAGAUGUUGGAGAACAGAAAAGCAGUAAUGCCCCCAGUACAUCCAACUUUGAAGAUUCGCAAGGAAAUGAAGCGAAACAAUAA